AUGAAGAUUUACAGAAAAAAAUGGAAAAGACAGAAAGAAAUAAAGGGUAACUCUAAUUAUUUGCAAAAUAUUAAUUUCAUAUGUUCCUUUCAACAUGAAACAUCAAGUUUAGCGGCAUGGGGUAAUUCAUCUAAUCUACCAAUGAAUUUGAGAAAGAUCACCGAUAUUAGUAUUGCCAAAUACACCAAAGAUAAUUGGGAAUCUUUAAGACACGAAUGGGAACCUUACUCUAAAAGAGAUACGUUAUGUCUCGGAGCUUUUUUGAUAAAAUACAAUCAAGCAAUGAAAGAAGUUGUAUUUCAGAAUAUUUCCAAUAAUCUAACGGCUCCUUCUUUAUCUUUAAAGGGUUGGUAUUAUUUAUAUCAUUACGAUAAAGAAAUGGUUGAAGAAGAAUGGUAUGAAAGUACUAGAAUGGUUCCGAAACACACCGAAAAAGAAAACGUAGAAAAAGUUCACUCACAUACUCACCCUUUUAUAAGAUAUUUUACCAGACAAAGUAUUAAAGGAGGAAGAGUUUCGGCAAAUCGAAAAUCAUUUGAAACGAAUAAAAUGGAUGAAAUUUGUAAUAUAUUAAAGGAAUACACAGAGACACCAAGUGAUAAUAUAAUUGAUUUAUUCAAAGAAUCUAGUGCUAACCCAAAAGAUAAAACAGAGGUUCAUUCGAGACUUAAUAAAAUAAAAUGUACUAAACUAAUGGCCUUUGAUGCUAACGGUUUGUACGCUUCCGCCAUGUCGGAUUUAGACAGCGAAUAUCCGAGAGCGGAAAGUGGUAGACCAUUUCGACAAGAAGAAAAUAAAGAAUUUGUUAAGCUCUUUAAUGAGCAGAAAUUCAGACCUAGAACUGCUAUUUUAAAAGUCUGGUUUGAAUAUCCUACCAACAUGUCCUUCCAACCCAUACCAGCUAAAGAUAAAAUCAGUUUUACGAAUAGAAUAGGUAAAAAGGAAACUGGCACUAAAAUCAGGUUCAGAAAUGGUUUCUGUCACGACGUUUUAACAUCGGUCGAUAUUCAAGAAAUAGUGAAAGCCGGUGGACGAAUUAUUAAAAUAUUAGAUGGUAUAGGUUACGAAGAAAAUUUUAAAACUCCACCCUAUAGAGAUUAUAUUUUAAUUUUGAGAGAUCUAAGAAAUAAAUAUAAACGAGAAGUUGAGAUAAAUGAAGAAGAAAAAGAAUUUGACUGUACACCUCCUAAAUCUACACGACUAACACCUAGUCAUUUGGGAUCAUUCGUUUUAUCUCACAGUAAAAAAAUAAUGAAUAAUUUUAUUCGCGUGAUAGAUGGAUUUUAUAAGCCUGAAAUAUACUAUACGGAUACCGAUACUUUAUACAUUUCGUCUAGCAAUUGGGAUAAAUUAAAUGAAGAAAAGAAAACGUUUAAGGGUUACUCUAAAGAUAAGAUAUCCAUAGAAGAUUAUAUUCGAUUAGCUAAUGGACAUGAUGUAACGAAUGAAUUUAAGAAACCAUGGGUAAAAAGUUUCACCAAUGGAGUAGUUAUUCCAAAGGAUGAUGAUAAACAAAAGAAAGUUUUUAGAAGUUAUCUAAAUCGCGUUAAAAGAAAAGCACCGGACGAUGAAGGAAUCAUGUAUCCUUACAACGACGGAAAAGAGUUGAACAUGGAUGAAAACUACGAAUUUGAUGAUUACGAUUACCUUACUAUUCAAGAAGAGAAUGAAGAGUGUUAA